UUCAUCACAGAAGCAUAAAUCAUCGAAAAUGGCCCGCACCAAGCAGACUGCCCGCAAGUCCACCGGCGGCAAGGCACCCCGCAAGCAGCUGGCCACCAAGGCCGCUCGCAAGACCCCCGCCACCGGCGGUGUGAAGAAGCCUCACCGCUACCGCCCCGGUACCGUGGCGCUGCGCGAGAUCCGCAAGUACCAGAAGUCGACUGAGCUGCUGAUCCGCAAGCUGCCGUUCCAGCGCCUGGUGCGUGAGAUUGCCCAGGACUUCAAGACCGACCUGCGCUUCCAGAGCCAGGCCGUGCUGGCGCUGCAGGAGGCCGCCGAGGCCUACCUGGUGGGCCUGUUCGAGGACACCAACCUGUGCGCCAUCCACGCCAAGCGUGUGACGAUCAUGCCCAAGGACAUCCAGCUGGCCCGCCGCAUCCGUGGCGAGCGCGCGUAAGCGUGCUGCCCAGACCGUCAGGUUUGCGCCUUGCAGGGGUGGUGCUCUACCACUCAACAAAACUCGGUGUUUCUCAACACCACCUAAGCAACGGCACAGGAUAUGUAUUUGAAUGCGUGUGGAUCUGUUGUCUGAUUGUAUCAGCAUAGCGUGAUGGACCUUUAUCUCACGGGAAGGGUGCGGUUCACACGGCAGCGCAGGCGUGAAGACUCCCUGUGUCAGUAGCCGGUAGUGCAAAAUCAAGCAAUCUGGAAUCUUUUACAUGGCGCAAGUGCAGGACGGCCUAUCCUUGUAGGGAGCGGGGGCAAGGAUACCUACCAUAUGACCCUGGCAGGUGGCCGAGCAGGUGUUGUCCAGAUACCGUUGAUCGCCCGCGCUUGGUGGGCCACUUGUUUGCAGCUAAGACCAAGGCACGGCAGAGCUGUGUUACCUUUGCGUGCCGUGUGCCGUUGAAGGGGGUUCCGUCCUGAGUAUGUCGUCUGUGCUCGUUACCCCAGCCCAUCGUUGCCGGCCGUGGGUCCGUUGAGUUUGGCGCGCUCAGCGCGCGCCACCAGGGGUUGUAGGGAUGUGCGAUGGGACAGUGUCAAGGCAGGUUGGUGAAGUCCCGCAGGGUGCAGCUAAUUCCCAGAACCCAGAAGAUGGCAAACAAUUUGCAACGGCAGGGCAGGAGUGCGCGGCUGGUCGAACGCCGGAGUUACUGUACCGAAAGGUUGCUGGCUGGCUGGAAGUUUGCUGAUGCGCAUUGCUCACGCCCGGGCUCCCGGCCAGGCGAUAGCACCACACAGACAAACCGCAACGCCACACUCGCGAUGCAGAGCCGCAGCGCACCUGCGGAAGGUGACCAGCGGAUGAGCAACAAGGCACCCACAGAGAAAAUGCGAACAGAAUGCACCAAAGCAAUGGCCGGGCGACAGUAUGACAAGCAGGGGCAAAAACAGGGGUUGUAGGGAUGAAGGUGCAGCGCGUGCUGGCGUGAAUGAGGCCGUUGGUCGCGCCCAGCGCCACCAUGUGGCCACCAUGCAGUCCGUUGGCGUGCCUGAAGACGGCGUGAGCGGCAGGGAGACAGCAAGCCAGCAGCAGUGGCAGCAGUGGUGGCGGUCGCCCGACUCGACCCGUUCGUGAUGCGUGUGGGAGUUCGCCCUGGGAGGUGGCUCUGCGAACGUCACGACCUGGCCACAAACUUCACACACUCCCCUGCUCUCCCUUCAAUAUCAAGUGGGUCGCCUUACUUCUUACCUGUUAACGCUCACCGACUUCCGUUGGUGGCGCCGAUAGAAAGAAAGCAGGUCAUAACACGUGGCGGAUCCGAAGGAUGGACCCGGACAGUGCACCCGGUACGCCGGGACACCGGCACUCGCGUGCAGGGCGUGGCGUUGCCCGCCACAACCCAGCUACGAAUUAUUAUCUGAUUUUGCAUUAGGUCACGACAAAGGCUCAGCGGCUCGACUGUCUCAGCUGACUCGAUUGUCCAUUCGAGUGAGCCACGGUGUGAAGAGCGGUUAUGAAACCGUCGCAACCUGAACUGCGCUGUGCGGGGAAGCUGUAAGUGCGCUCUCGCGGGGAUACCACCGGGGAUGUGAUAAGGUGUAAUUGUUACAAUAA